GUGAGCCCAGGGUGUGAUUGGUGGCAGACAUCCUCCAGUGUUUUUUUUUUUUCCGAAUGUCCCUGUGUGAGUUAAUGGCUCCUCCUGCUAGAUACGGAGCUGGUGGCGAGCAGUCCGAAAAACACUAACUACACCCGGGUAGAUAGUUAGCGUGCAGGGUGGUUUGAGAGAGAGGCUCACCGGGUUGUAGUCGAGGCCUGGUGUUAAAGCGUGAAGCGGAUGGUCGAGGAAAGCGUUCUGUAUUUUAACAACAGACUCUCCAAAAAAUGAACUCCGUCAGAGCCACCAACCGGAGACCCAGGCGAGUCUCAAGGCCGCGCCCGGUGCAGCCCGACCGGAACGAGGGGGACCGAGCAGAUGAGGAGGCUCCAGCUGCAGCAGCGGAGGUGGCUGUGGAGGAGUCUGGGCCUGCAGCUGGGAACAGCCCCUACCAGCUCCGACGCAAGUCUCUACUGCCCAAGAGAACAGCCUCCAGUACUGCAGCGGCCUGCCCCAGCAAGACCGCUAUGGAGGGAGCGUCCACCUCGACGACAGAACCCUUCGGUCACCGAGCCAAACGAGCCAGGGUCUCUGGCAGGAGCCACGACCUGCCGGCGGCUCUAGCAGAGCAGUACCUGCAGCAGAAGCUUCCAGAUGAGGUGGUUCUGAAGAUCUUCUCAUACCUCCUGGAGCAGGACCUCUGUCAGACUGCCUGUGUCUGCAAACGUUUCAGCCAGCUAGCCAACGACCCUAUACUCUGGAAGCGUCUGUACAUGGAGGUGUUUGAGUACACCCGUCCCAUGAUGCACCCCGAGCCAGGCAAGUUCUACCAGGUCAGUCCUGAGGAACACGACCACCCCAACCCCUGGAAGGACAGCUUCCAACAACUGUAUAAAGGAGCACAUGUGAAGCCAGGCUUUGCUGAACAUUUCUACAGCAACCCUGGGAGGUUCAAAGGCAGGGAGAAUAUGCUGUACUAUGACACCAUAGAAGAUGCGUUAGGAGGGGUGCAGGAGAGUCAUUUUGAUGGGCUGAUCUUUGUCCACUCUGGGAUCUACACUGACGAGUGGAUCUACAUAGAGUCCCCUAUCACCAUGAUUGGAGCAGCUCCUGGAAAGGUGUCUGAUAAAGUGGUUAUUGAGAACACCAGAGACUCGACGUUUGUCUUCAUGGAGGGAUCGGAGGACGCCUACGUAGGAUACAUGACUAUUAGGUUUAACCCAGAUGAUAAGUCGGCUCAGCACCACAACGCCCACCACUGUCUGGAGAUCACUGUCAACUGUUCUCCCAACAUAGACCACUGUAUCAUCAGAUCUACCUGCACAGUGGGCUCGGCGGUCUGUGUGAGCGGCCAGGGGGCGUGUCCUACCAUCAAACACUGCAACAUCAGCGACUGUGAGAACGUUGGACUUUACAUCACCGACCAUGCACAGGGUAUCUAUGAGGAUAAUGAGAUCAGUAAUAAUGCAUUGGCGGGAAUCUGGGUUAAAAACCAUGGCAACCCCAUCAUCAGACGAAACCACAUCCACCACGGCCGAGAUGUAGGAGUCUUCACCUUCGACCACGGCAUGGGUUAUUUUGAGAGUUGUAACAUCCACAGGAAUCGUAUAGCAGGCUUUGAGGUGAAGGCGUAUGCCAACCCUACAGUGGUUCGCUGUGAGAUCCACCAUGGCCAGACAGGGGGCAUCUAUGUGCAUGAGAAAGGACGGGGACAGUUUAUAGAAAACAAGAUCUACGCCAACAACUUCGCUGGAGUUUGGAUCACCUCCAACAGCGACCCUACGAUACGGGGUAAUGCAAUCUUUAAUGGUAACCAAGGGGGCGUGUACAUAUUUGGCGACGGGCGUGGCCUGAUAGAGGGGAACGAUAUCCAUGGCAACGCUCUGGCAGGAAUCCAAAUCAGAACCAACAGCUGCCCAAUUGUACGCCAUAACAAGAUCCAUGACGGACAGCACGGCGGCAUCUACGUGCAUGAGAAGGGCCAGGGUGUGAUCGAGGAGAACGAGGUGUACAGCAACACGCUGGCAGGAGUCUGGGUGACCACCGGCAGCACACCUGUCCUCCGCAGGAACCGCAUCCACAGCGGCAAACAGGUUGGCGUGUAUUUCUAUGACAACGGCCAUGGGGUGUUGGAAGACAACGACAUCUACAAUCACAUGUACUCUGGCGUUCAAAUACGGACGGGCAGCAACCCCAAGAUCCGACGCAACAAGAUCUGGGGAGGACAGAACGGAGGCAUCCUGGUCUACAACUCCGGUCUGGGUUUCAUCGAGGACAAUGAGAUCUUCGACAACGCCAUGGCGGGCGUGUGGAUUAAGACGGACAGCAACCCCACGCUGCGGCGCAACAAGAUCCACGACGGGAGAGACGGAGGCAUCUGUAUCUUCAACGGAGGGAGAGGUCUCCUGGAGGAGAAUGAUAUCUUCAGGAACGCCCAGGCAGGGGUCCUCAUCAGCACCAACAGCCACCCGGUGCUCCGCAAGAACCGCAUCUUUGACGGUUUUGCUGCAGGUAUUGAGAUAACCAACCACGCCACUGCAACUCUGGAGGGGAACCAGAUCUUCAACAACCGUUUCGGAGGCCUGUUCCUCGCCUCGGGAGUGAACGUCACCACGAAAGUCAUUCUGCGCAGAUUCAUCACUCUCCCUUCUAACGAGUCCUACACAGCUUGUGUUCGUCGUAGAUGGAAACAGAAGACACAUAAUAAGAUAAUGAAUAACCAGGACGCCAUAGAGAAAGCUGUGAGCAGAGGACAAUGUCUCUACAAGAUCUCCAGCUACACCUCCUACCCCAUGCAUGACUUUUACAGGUGUCACACCUGCAAUACGACAGACCGGAACGCCAUCUGUGUGAACUGCAUCAAGAAGUGUCACCAAGGACACGACGUGGAGUUUAUACGGCACGACAGGUUUUUCUGUGACUGUGGAGCGGGAACUCUGUCCAACCCCUGUACUCUGGCUGGAGAACCCACACACGACACGGACACACUUUACGACUCAGCCCCGCCCAUAGAGUCCAACACGCUGCAACACAACUGAACACACACACGUCACAUGUACACACACACACUACAUAAACACACCCCCUAUAAUCUACAUACACACACUACAUAACACACUCAUAUAUAUGCGCGCGCACACACAGACAUAUACACCACUCACACACGCUGGCCAUAGGGAGCCAGAGAGACUGAACACGGUGUUUUCAGCAGGGACUGGCAUGAGGAACCCUGAGAUUCAGAGUGAGACUGAGACAGUGAUGCACUUGGGAGUCUCUUCUAAAGGGAACUAUGAAGCUGGUCUGAAUUUGACUGGUCUGGUCUGGAUUAGCCUCUGGUGUACUGUGUUGAGAAACUGACUCGUACUGAACGGCCACAUGAGAUUCUCACCAUUGCAUCUCUGGACGCCAAAUGGCCAGGUAGAGGAUGGAUAGUGAGUGUGGAGAGGGUAGGGAAGUGGCUACUCUGAUAAUGUCAGAGUGGCCAAUGAGACUUCCUUCCCCUGUGACCCCUCACCUCUCGGCGACUCCAGGAUCCUGGGAAUCAAACUUCCUCCCAAGACAGGAAGAAAGGAGAUUUAGCCCCACCCACUGAGAAAGCGCUUCCUGUUCAGAGGCAUCUGUUACUAGGCAGUGGAUGGCUGAUAUAUACAUAUGUACUGCUAGCGGAAGAGAGGGACUUUGAUCAAGCACCUCUGCUUUUAUAAUAUGUUAUUCUGAUCAACAGAUAUUAUUUUAAUGCUUUCUCAUGUAGUUUUGUAUUUACAAGCAAAAAAUCUUACUGUAUUUGAAUGUCUUUUUAUUAUUAUAUAUUAUAAUUAUAAAUGUUUGUCGUGUUGACCCCAGGCUUGCUGCAGUAGCUGUUAAUGUCCCAGUGAAUUUGUUCUUUCUGUGAAAGAGAAUCGCGUUUAACACUAAAGACUCUCUCCAGGCUAGUAGAUGUAGGACUGGUGGAAGAUUGUGUGUGUGUUUGUUGGAAGUGUGCAUGUGUAUGGUUGUGUUCAUAUGCAGUCCAUGUUUCUGGAGAGAGUCAGAUACGGGCGUCAGGCCUUUUUCAAACUGGGACAAAGGAGUCGUUCUGCAGUGCCCUCUCAUAUUCUCUCCCCUUCUUGUUCCCUCUCCUCCCUCCCUACUUCCCCCGCUCUCUUCCUUACCCUGAUCUCUCCCUCUACUAAUUCUCUCCCCCCCUUCCUUUUUCUGUCUUUGUAUUCUGGUGACUGUGGCUCCUCAUACAGCCUGGAUCGUAUGCAUGUGCACCAUAACAUCAAGGUCGUGUGCCCCUGCUCAGACGCUGCGUGCCACGUCGUCGACUGUGCCGUCGGGAACCAGAUUGCUAUUACAUAUGUGGUUAAUUUGAUGCGUAAAAUACCUUCCCAGGCAUAAGAUCUGGCACGCAUCAAUAACGUCUGACCAGGGGGACACAACCCUAGACUUAAUAUAUUGUGAAGUAUUAAUACAACCAUUAUGUAGAUGCUAGUAUGAAUUCAAAAAGGGUUUCAUUUCCUAGGAAGAAGAAGAAAAAAAGAAGACGGGAAACUGGUCGUUUGUAAGAAAAUAAAACUUUAUUAGAUCAGCGGUG